CCACCUCCACCUCCUGUCAGAAGAGUUCAAUGCAAAGGCAGGCUCACACCCAGGACCAUCCUCAGUGACCAUGUCCAGCGUUCUUGCAGCAGAUACACUCCCAAUGGAUCCUAAGGAAGAUGAAAGACCUAAAUGGGACAAUAAAUUCCAGUACAUCUUAAGCUGUGUUGGAUUUGCUGUAGGGUUGGGAAAUAUAUGGAGAUUUCCAUACUUGUGUCAGACUUAUGGAGGAGGAGCAUUCCUAAUUCCAUACUUUAUUGCCCUGAUCUUUGAAGGAAUCCCCCUGUUUCAUAUCGAACUUGCCAUUGGUCAGCGCUUAAGGACAGGUAGUAUUGGAGUCUGGAGCACCAUCUCACCAUACCUUAAAGGAGUAGGCAUUGGAUGUUUAUUUGUAUCUUUCCUGGUGAGCUUGUAUUACAACACCAUUUUAAUGUGGGUGAUGUGGUACUUUCUGAAUUCUUUCCAAAGCCCCCUUCCAUGGAGCUCUUGUCCUCCAAAUGAAAAUAGAACAGGGCCUGUUGAAGAGUGCCAGAACAGCAAUACUGUGAAUUAUUUCUGGUACAGGAAAACACUAAACAUUACAGCCGACAUCAAUGAGAGUGGGACCUUACAGUGGCGGCUGAUCAUGUGCUUAGUGGCUUGUUGGAUGGUUGUGUAUAUCUGUGUCAUCAGAGGUAUUGAGACCACAGGAAAGGCCAUUUAUUUUACUGCCCUCUUUCCUUAUCUGGUCUUGACCAUCUUCCUUAUCCGAGGACUCACUCUACCUGGAGCUACUGAAGGAUUAAUUUACCUUUUUACACCUAAUAUGAGUAUUCUCCAGAAUCCCCAGGUAUGGCUUGAUGCAGCUACUCAGAUCUUUUUUUCCCUUUCGCUGGCUUUUGGAGGACACAUAGCAUUUUCAAGCUAUAAUCCACCCAAGAAUGACUGUGAAAAGGAUGCUGUCACCAUAGCCUUAGUGAAUAGCAUGACCUCCCUCUAUGCUUCUGUAGCUGUUUUCUCUGUCCUAGGUUUCAAGGCUACAACUGAUUACUGGGAUUGCCUGGACAGAAACAUCCUCAGCAUCAUCAACGAGUUUGAUUUUCCAGACCAAAGCAUCCAGCGCGACGACUAUGUAGCCUGCUUCACACACUUGAAUUCGACUCAGUCCGACAGGUUGGCGCGUCUCCAGCUGAAGAGCUGUCACCUGCAGGACUUUCUGGACAAGAGCGCCUCUGGUACUGGCCUGGCCUUUAUCGUCUUCACUGAGGCCAUCGUUCACAUGCCUGGCUCUCCUGGGUGGGCCGUGCUCUUCUUUGGAAUGCUCUUUUCCUUGGGUCUGACUUCCAUGUUUGGGAAUAUGGAAGGAGUGCUGACACCUAUCCUAGACUUGCAAAUUCUGCCCAAGUCAGUCCCCAAGGAAUUUAUAACAGGUGUGAUAUGCCUUGUCUGCUGCCUUUCUGCUCUUUGUUUCACACUACAAUCUGGCAGUUAUUGGCUUGAAAUCUUUGACAAAUAUGCAGCUUCCUUGAACCUGUUAGUUUUUGCCUUCUUUGAAGUUAUUGGAGUAAUUUAUGUUUAUGGAUUGAAAAGGUUCUGUGAUGACGUGGAGUGGAUGACGGGAAGGCGACCCAACCUCUACUGGCAGGUGACAUGGAAAAUCAUCAGUCCUCUACUGCUACUGAUCAUCUUUGUAUCUUACAUCAUCUUAAUGACACAAACGCAGCCAACGUAUGGAUCCUGGAACCCACAAUAUGAUGAUUUCCCAGUCAAGCAGGAGAAAUUCUACCCUGGUUGGGUGCAAGGCAUCUGUGUGAUGCUGUCACUACUUCCUUGCAUUUGGAUACCUGGGAUGGCACUUUUUCAGCUAAUCAAGAGGAGUCAAGGAAAGGGGAAGAAUCCAUGGUCAGAACCUUAUAGUGACAAAUCCUACGAGCCUGUGGAGGACUAAAUGGUUGCUUCUAUGUAAAAGGAGAAGGAAAUGGGGGAAUUCAUGUCAUUAAUCGGGAGUUUGGGCUGUCAGGGUUGUUCUGUCACUUGGACAAAGAGGGCAAUAUUUGCUGUCUCUACGAAGAGUAGUUUUUUCAGUUGUCACCCAUGACAACAUUCUUUCUCCUAGUCCCCAAAUACUCCACUCUUCAGUUUUCCAUUACUUACUAGCCAAUAAGUAUAUUUCCCAUUUGGGUGUCAAUAAUACUCACCAGCACAGUGGACAGAGUACUGCUGGGACUGGAGUCAGGACAUCAUCAUCCUGAAUUCAAGUAUGUCCUCAGAUAUUAGCUCAACAAGUCACUUAACCCUAUUUGCCUCAGUUUCCUCAUCUGUAAAAUGAGCCGGGAAAAGAUGACAAACCACUUAAAUAUCUUUACCAAGAAAACUGAAAAUGGAGUUAUGAAGAUUGGGAGAUGGCUGAACAAUGUACACCAGAGGAAAGCAUCCUGGCUAAUAGGAGAUACUAUUUCAAGUGCUGUCAGCUGUUCCGAGGACAAGAAUCAAGACCCUCCUAUCCAUUUUGGCUGCCCACUCUCAUGCUCUCUUCUCCACUCGCCCAGUCACUCACACGUUGCCCAUGCCUACCUUGUUUUCUAUUAGUUUUACUGUACCUGGUUCCCCCUCACACCGGUUCCUCCUUCUUAUGCGCCAUCUACUUACCCUAUGUUCCAAAUUCAGCUCUCUCCCCUUUUCUGAAUCUACUUUAUAGACCUGCAUUUAUACCAGUAUAAACUACAACAACAAGAAAAAAAUUGAAAAGAAAAUGUGUAUCAAGAAGUUCAAUGGUGAAAAUGUCACCGUGCUAAAUAUAUAAAUCAACAUAAUAUUUAAGGAUGACAAAAUUGUGACUGAGGAUCAGUCCUCUUGCUUAUCUUUAAGCCACUUCUCAUGAUUAAAUUUGAUUUAAGCAA